GAAUUAUUGAAGACGAAGUUUUUUUUUAUUUUUGUUUUUUGUUUGUUUUUUAAUGGCUUUACAGAAUUUUAAAUCGAAUACAAUUUGACAUGACGGCAAAAAAUGUUGGUUUGACUUCUACAAAUGCAGAACUGAGAGGAUUUAUUGAUCAGAAUCUCAGUCCAACAAAAGGUAACAUUUCAUUUGUUGCAUUUCCAGUUUCCAGCACCAACUCACCAACAAAGAUUUUACCAAAAACCUUAGGACCAAUAAAUGUGAAUGUUGGACCCCAAAUGAUUAUAAGCACACCACAGAGACUAACCAGUUCAGGAAGUGUUCUGAUUGGGAGUCCAUAUACCCCUGCACCAGCAAUGGUUACUCAGACACACAUAGCAGAAGCUACUGGCUGGGUCCCAGGUGAUAGAAAACGAGCUAGAGAAUUUAUAGAUUCUGAUUUUUCAGAAAGUAAACGAAGCAAAAAAGGAGAUAAAAAUGGAAAAGGCUUGAGACAUUUUUCCAUGAAAGUGUGUGAGAAAGUUCAGCGGAAAGGUACAACAUCAUAUAAUGAAGUGGCUGAUGAGCUGGUAUCAGAGUUCACCAAUUCAAAUAACCAUUUGGCCACUGAUUCGCAGGCUUAUGACCAGAAGAAUAUUAGGAGAAGAGUUUAUGAUGCUUUAAAUGUGCUAAUGGCAAUGAACAUAAUUUCAAAGGAAAAAAAAGAAAUCAAGUGGAUUGGCCUGCCUACCAAUUCUGCUCAGGAAUGUCAAAAUCUUGAGAUAGAGAAGCAGAGGAGGAUAGAACGGAUAAAGCAGAAGCGGGCCCAGCUCCAAGAACUUCUCCUGCAGCAAAUCGCUUUCAAAAACCUGGUUCAGAGAAAUCGGCAAAAUGAACAGCAGAACCAGGGCCCUCCAGCUCUGAACUCCACCAUUCAGCUGCCAUUUAUAAUCAUCAAUACAAGCAGGAAAACAGUCAUAGAUUGCAGCAUUUCCAGUGACAAGUUUGAAUAUCUUUUUAAUUUUGACAACACCUUUGAGAUCCAUGAUGACAUAGAAGUACUGAAACGAAUGGGAAUGUCCUUUGGCCUGGAGUCAGGCAAAUGCUCUCUGGAGGAUCUGAAACUUGCUAAAUCGCUGGUGCCAAAGGCGUUAGAAGGUUAUAUCACAGAGAUCUCCACAGGACCUUCCUGGUUAAAUCAGGGACUACUUUUGAACUCUGCUCAAUCAGUUUCAAAUUUAGACCUGACCGCUGGUGCCACCUUGUCCCAGUCAAGUGUAAACCAAGGGUUGUGCUUGGAUGCUGAAGUGGCCUUAGCAACUGGGCAGUUCCUUGCCCCAAACAGUCACCAGUCCAGCAGUGCGGCCUCUCACUGCUCUGAGUCGCGAGGCGAGACCCCCUGUUCGUUCAACGACGACGACGAGGAAGAUGACGAGGAGGAUUCCUCCUCCCCAGAAUAAAGACAGGAGAAAACCCAUGUUUUAAUAUUUGAUGCUCAUGUGUGUUUUUAGUGUGAGCUCUUGUUUUUGAAAUGAUUGCUUCAGUCUUUGCCUUUGUUUGCACUGUGUGUUCAGUGAAAACUAGGGAAACACAAUAA